CUUAUCUCUCUCUCUCUCUCUCUCUCUCUGAUACCUCUGAUUCCUUAAAAUACACCUAUUCCCUCUUUUACUUACUCUUUCUUCAUCUGUCCACCCCUAAACUCUAUCUCCCUCUGAGUCUCUCUUUUCUUUUUUCUGCAAUCUUUUCUGACCAUUAGUCUCUGCAAUUCCUUCACUUCUGACCCUUUUUCCCUUUCAUUCUUACUAACCCUAGAGUGAUCCUAUUAAAAGCCUCCCUUCCUCCCUUCCCUCUUCCUCUCCUUCCCCCACCCUCUCUUUCUCUCUCAAGACAUUCAUGCAAAUCAUAAGGCACUCAUGAUAUAAUCACUAUUGAUCACUACUUACUCCAACCCCUUUUGGGCAAUCUCUUCCCUGCAAACUUCAAACCCAUAACUCUCUCUUUCUUUCUUUGCUUCCUACUUCUUCUUACACCUCUUUAUCAUCUCUACAUGACCUACACCAUUCUCAUGUCCCCAAGCUCCAACACCAUGAGAACUGCUUUCCCUUUCCCUGAUCUCUCUCUACAGAUUAGCCCACCAUCAGUUUCAGACUCUGGAAGCAGCGGCAGUGAUAUAAGCCAUGAGCAACCUUUCUUGCACCCAAACAAGGGUAGUUAUGGUCAUCUUGGGGUUGAAGUUGAACCCACCCUAAGCCUGGGGAUCGAAAAGCCAGCUUUGGAUCCUAUAUAUCACCACCUGCACCAACCUCAAAUAUGCGGUCGUGAAUUUAAAAGGAAUUCAAGAAUGAUUAAUGGAGGAGGCAAGAGAAUCACUAGAGCUCCAAGGAUGAGAUGGACAUCUACUCUACAUGCCCAUUUUGUUCACGCAGUGGAGCUCCUUGGUGGCCAUGAAAGGGCAACACCCAAAUCAGUUUUGGAGUUAAUGAAUGUGAAGGAGCUAACACUAGCUCAUGUGAAGAGUCACCUGCAGAUGUAUAGAACAGUGAAGAGCACUGACAAAGGAGCAGGGCAAGGGCAGAGAGAGAUGGGUCUGAAUAAUGAGAGGAAAGGGAAGACAGAAGUAGUGGAUGAUGGUUUGUCUUCAGAGAAAACUGCUCCAAACCCUUCUUAUGCUCUCAACAAACCACCAUCAUCACCACCACCACCACUACUACCCAAAUCUCCAAGAGGUCCAUGGCCAUCAAUGGAGACAAACGCUUGGAACGCUUCAAUGGUGGAAAGCACAUUUUUACUGUGUUCUCAUUCUGUAUCAAAUGAAUUUACAAAUCACACUGACAAGGUUGAUGAUGGGUAUGGAACAGAUCACCACAUCUCACAAGAUGAGGAGAAGUUUUUCCUAAGCUCUUUGGCGAAAUCCUCACAUAUGUUGCCUAACCUAGAGUUCACCCUUGGGAGACAAAGUUGGCAAAUGGACUAUGCUGAACCUUCCAAUGAGUUAACCCUCCUUAAGUGUUAAAAUAUUACCAUAUAUAUGUCAAUAGAAGGGGAAGGAAAAAAAAAAAAUUCUCCAUGGCUUAUCUUCUUAGUCUACAGUUUGACAUGAUUGCUUGGUUGUUCCCAUUAAUGGCCUAUAAAUAGCUGAGAAAUGAAGGAGGAUGAGGAGAAGAAUAUGAUGUAAAUGGAAGUGAAGUGGGCAAGGGAGAGGUGGAGGCUGGGCCAUCUGGUCAUAAGAGUGUAUAAGUAGUGUGGCUUUAACUGAAAAUAUUGAAAUUUGUAUGGGAAUGAAAUGAUAGCUUUGAAAACA